AUGGCAGCGAGAAUGCUCGAUGAUGCGUACACGUCGCCCAAGGAAGAGUUUCUUAUAGGCCUCCUCGCUGCCAUGGAGGCCGGAAAUCCCACCGAAUAUUGUGCUGGUCGCGGCUACGACGUGACUCAACCUACAAUCUGGGAAGCCUUCGUGAUGAUGGGAACCGCGGGACCACACUUCGACUUGAGGCUUGCAGGCGGGGUAUACCGUUUCGCCGAUAAUGAAUUUGGCCUUUUCGAGCUGUUUGUGAAUUCGGCCAAGUCUACCAUACACGUGGACGGCGUGCUCAUGGACCCUGUUUCAGUGAAGGAAGGAGUCGUCAGCUUCGUAGCCAAUGACAUGCUGUUCAUCAUCCAAUUCCAGUGUGGACAGCCCGCUGGUGUCGAGCAGUCUCAGCCUGGCUUCGAGGGAGAGAUCUGGCCGGGAAGCCAGGAGGCACAGAAGACCAGUAUCAGCGGGAGGAAGUACUACAGCUGGGGCGAUUCCAACGACACCACCACCGACUUUAGCAGGGAUGUUGUACCAGCCGGUGGACCCGGGGUCUCCAGGGAAAAGAUGGAAGCAGCGGCGGCCGUUCGUGUGGAUGCUUCCUUCGAGUCUAUCGUGGUAUGUAUGGAUCUGCUGAACGGCUGCUAUGACCUGCAAGGAGGCGCCGCCGGCUCUCCGUUUGGGCCUGUGAUGAAUUCCUUUAUCGUCCUGACUGGUACUAUCUUGUGUGCGGGAGCCGGGGCUUAUGUGUCAAAGGGAAACUGGCCUGCAGCCAUUGGAGCAGGCAUUAGUGGCAUGGGAGUCUCAAUUGCCGGGGUGAUAGUCGCGUGUCUUUAUAAACGGUUCGCUUUCAAGCAGGCGUAUGAAAUGAAAUAUUUCAUCCGUCAGAUUGGCAACAAGAAGGAAGGAGAUUCCGAGGGUCUGCUUUCGUGGGAUACGAUAGUGGAGAGAAUUGAAAGUGAGGUGAAGCGUCUCACGCCGGAUGACCUGAAACAGGAUUCAAAGACCAACGCUAAAAUCAUCCAAAACCGCAUCGAAAAGGCGUAUAAUGACGAGGCCAGGGCGCAAGUUAGCCAAAAGGCAUUCGAUAAAUACAAGGGAUACCGAAGAAUAGCGGGAAAUGACUAUCGGGAAAAGCUCGAGGCGGGAGUGGAAGCCAAAUUCGGAGACGAUAUCGACCCCGAAAUUGUGGGAAGACGCGUCCUCGUGGAAGUCGACAAGGCAAAGGCCCGGUUGGAGGCGAAAGACUUGGAAUCCCAAAUCGAAGACCUGCUGAUUGAAAGAGACGUCAUAAGACAGGAAUGGAAUCAGAAACUGGAAGAUAUCCCCACAACCCUUCCGGAAGAGGAGCGAGAAAAAGAAAAGGAGCGAAUUGAUAAAAUAUAUGAAAAGGAAGUAGAGCGCGUGGAAAAUGAAAAAAAGGAGAAAGACAAGGAGAAGACUGAAGCUGAGGAAAAAGGCAAGCUUACGGAUUUCGAAAAGCUCAGAAAAGAAUUCAAAGAGGAGAUUCGGGAUAACAGAACACGUGCGAAAAAUGUACUAGACAAGAAUCAUCUGCCACCUGUGUGA